AGGGAGUCUGUCAUUCACUCUCUUUAAAGCCAAACACACAGAUACCUGGAGUCCAACUGAUGAAAUUUUUCCUGCGUGUCUCUCUCUCUGCUAUAGAGCUACAGAGCUGAUCAAGGCACACAUCGAUUAGAUUUUUACUUUGGCUGCAGUGACAGAGGAGGCUGUAACUCACCUGGACAGCACACACAGAAACACAAAUGAUUUUUGAGCUGCCUACCCCCUCUUGCCAUUUCUUAGAGUAGUGUGAGCUCACAGACAGGAGUUCUGCUGUUUUGCCUGGUAGACAGCCAGAAGUUUGUAAGCCGGCGAUGUCGUGGGACUGUGGCCUGAGGUAUAUGUUCUCUGUGUCCCCUGUGCUACAGCCAGGGAGCAUCUGCAUCCUGCAUGACAAGGAGGACUUGUCCAGACUGGAGAUGGUCCAGAGACUGGCCAAGGAUGGCUGCCGCUUCCUGCAGAGUCACAGCAAGGGCCCAGAGAGGACAAGUGAGCCCCAGAGUGACGAGGGAGUCCACGUGUGUCUGAGGGAGAGGGGCCACGAUGUGCUCGUUCUCCAGAGAAUGUCGUCAGAGCAGCCAGCCCUCUCCGCAUCAGCGAGGGGAGGAGGGAGAGAGGAGGCGAGGAACAGGAGGUACAUGGUGGUAUCAGGGACCCCAGAGAAGAUCCUGGAACACUUGCUGAAUGACCUGACACUGGACGAUGACCAGGGGAUAACACAGGGCAAAGAGUCAGAUACACUUCUGGAUGACUUCCUGCUAACUUACCCAGUGUUCAUGUCAACCAGUGAUUUAUGUCAAGCUCUGCUGGGACACUAUUGCACUAAGAGAUACAGAGGGAAAGAGGACAGGAAGGAGGCUCUGGAGAGGAAACAAAAAGUCCUGCACCUGGUGUCACAGUGGGUGGCUCUCUGCAAAGACUUCCUGAGAGAAGACGAGCAUGUCAAACUGUUCAUGAAGACUUUGUGUCGUUAUGUGUUGGAUGAUCUUUAUGAGCACCCAGCCCUGGAGAAGGACAUGAGGGAACUGCAGAGAGCCUACCAGCUGCAUCGCAGACACGCGGUGGAUGAAUAUUCCCCUCAAAGAAAAAGCAAAGCACUUUUCCACCAAUUGAGCCUGAAGGAGAACGGGCUCCAGUCCAGGGGCACACAGAGAGAGACCAAGGAAGUGCUGUGUCAUGUGUACAUCACCAUGGACUCAUACCUGAGCAUGAGGGCCCAUGCUGGAGUAUUGGCCCAGGAGCUGCUGCAGGCAGUGGCAGAAAGGAUGGAUGUCCCCCAGGGGGAACUGGUACUAGUGGCUGUCACUUAUCCUGGAGGAAGGCUCCUCCUGCAGCCUCAGGACAGAGUUUUCUCCGAUUCCUUGCGGCCUGUGGGGAGGCUGCAUGUUUGCAGGAAGGACCUGGGUGAAGUCCUGAACCCAUUCACAGACAACUCAGAGCUACAACAGAGGACAGCUCGCAUGCUCAGUUUGAACACAUGGGACGUGGCUGUUGCUCUCACCAACUUCGACUGGACCAUUUUUGACUCAAUGCAUGAGCAAGAGCUGGUCUAUUUCACCUUCAACCGCCACGCUAGCAGUAGCCACACAGUGGCGUUGGAGCUGCUGCUGCAGCGCUGCAAUGAAGUCCAGCUAUGGGUGAUGACGGAGGUGUUGCUGUGCCCAACGCUCUGCAAAAGAGUACAACUCAUCAAGAAGUUCAUCAAGAUUGCUGCCCACUGUAAAGCACAGAGGAACCUCAACUGUUUCUUUGCCAUUAUAUUGGGCCUGAACACUGCAGCUGUUAGCCGCCUCAGUCAGACAUGGGAGAAAAUUCCUGGGAAAUUCAAAAAGCUGUUUUCAGAGCUGGAGACAAUUACAGAUCCUUCGCUGAACCACAAGGCCUACAGGGACUCCUUCAAGAAGAUGAAGGCGCCAAAGAUCCCCUUUCUUCCUCUGCUACUGAAAGAUAUUACAUUCAUCCAUGAAGGCAACAAGACAUUUCAUGACAACCUGGUCAAUUUUGAAAAGCUGCACAUGAUUGCAGACACGGUUCGCCUCAUCAGACAGUGUCAGAAAGAUCACAUGGGAAAUGGCAUCACCCAGAAGAGCAGCUCAGAAGUGCGAGCUUACACUGAUUACCUUCAUAUCAUUGACAAUCAGCAGACUCUGUUUGAACUGUCACACAGGCUGGAGCCUCGCGCUUAGAGGACAGCUCGUACUGUAUUUCCCACUCUGUCGGAUUGCCAAGGACCCGUCUAUUGCUGUCCCAUCUUUUUACUCAGGACUCAGUCAGCAAACAGAGGACACUGCAUGAUCCUGGCCAACCACAGGUGGGAGUUGGUCAAUCAGGAAUAUCAGAAAAAGACACAUCUUGGGUUAAAUGCAUAAAUAUUUGCAGAGAUUCACAACAGUCACGGAUCCAAAGCACCUGAAACCAAGCCCAGCCAGUAUCAUUUCACUGCAGUGCCAGCAGUUCCACUCCAGCUUGUGCUGCCUGUUGGCAAGAAAAAGUAACGCCAACAGUAAGAUGUUAAUGAGUAUGUCUCCAUUGUGCAGGUCCUAACUGCUGCUGUUGCUUUCAUUUCCGACAGGUGGCAGAGGUUGUUAUAUGUAGAGCUGCUCUGAUAAUGACACAACAGCUCCCCUUUGUGGAGGAUUAGCAGCCUGCAAGAUGAUUUUGUGAGUUAGAUGUGAGUUGCAGGUGAGGAUGUGCUUCCCAGCUAAGGAAAAAACAACAUAAAACAAAUGUGGAAAUACACAAGUGUUGAGCAUGAAAGUUCAGUCUUAAAUUUAACCUUUAAUGACUUAUCAACCACACACAUCUUAAGAUGCAGAUUCACACGAUUCAUCUUUUUGCAUUUACAGACAGUGAUGAUAAAUGUUGCAUCAGAGGGUUGUGUCAUCAGAUUUAACCAAAGAGUAUUUCAACUAACAAGUCUUUCUGUUUCCUCACAAUCCAAUACAGUUCAUGCACAACAAGCUCAUAUCUUUCUAAAGUGACUCAAGACUACAAAAAUAGUGAAAAUGAUUGUUAAACCUAUGUUUAAAUAUUUAACAUUUUCAUAUAUAAUUUCCAUUAUCUAUUUUUACAUUGCAGAAUACUAUAGGAAAUUAGAAGAGGAUGUACAGUAUAGUGUAUUUCUUUGGUGUGUGUGUGUGUGAAAAUUUAAGUUAUAAUCAUGUAUGUUAGUGCCAAAAACCAUAAUGCCCAUUCAAAUGAAUGUUGUGGACAAUCAGUUAAAUGAAGCAGCAGACCCAUCCUGUUACAUCUCUGUAUCUGUCUGUGUUCAACCUAAAGCCCAAUGCAAUGUAUUUUUCCUCUGACUGAAGAGGAUCCACUCCAGUUGGUUUUGGUUUGAUUUGUUGAGAUUUGAAGAUAUAUUAGCUUUGUGGUACUGUGAGUACCAGAAAUUAGCAUUUGAAAAACAACAUGUCAUCCCGAAAACAAUUACAUGAUGACUCACAACAACCCACGAUAAUCCCUGUACUGACAACUGCUUUCUGGUUAAACCAAACACUUCUGAGCCACAUUAUGGGGGUGAGCCUUUAAUUCUCAGUACAUGUUUGGAUAGAUAUUGUUAGAUAAGAGGAAAAAUAAGUGUUAUUGUGUUUUUGGAUGAGCUGUCCCUCUAAAGAGAAAGAGCAAUAGCAAAAUCAAAUACUACAGCACCUUCUGGACAAAAAGGAGAAAAUAGAAGCCAUUUGCUUACUGUAUGUACAGUAUAGUGUGUAGUCAUAGAAAAUACUGUAUUUAUUCUCUAAAUUGGUUGGCUGAGAAUUUUCACUUUUGUCCUAAAGUUAGACCAUUUCAAGUAGGCGUUGUGAAGUGUUAUAGAUGGAGUUUUGCAUUAUGUUCUUAAUUUCUUAUGAAUAUUUUGGAAUUAAAAGCCCACAGUGAACAUGGAGAGACUUUGCUUUAGCAUUAUCCAUCUAAUUGUAAAUUUGCUUUUUAUCACAAUGAUGUAGAGUUUAUUCUAUUUAUACUGUGUGUGUGUGUGUAUAUAUACACAUAUAUAUAUAUAGAAAUUCUGGACAAGGAUAUUUAUUUAUUUCAGAAUUAUUUAUUUGUUUCUAUAGACAUUACUUAUAAUAAUUCUGUUUAAUUUCAUGCUUCUUGUAUGCACCGUUUUGGCUGGUCUGCAUGAUGUGGCGAACCAUGGAUUGACCACCAGUGUCAACUGUGCAUGCAAUAAAAUAUUUUUCAUCAACAUGAGCUGGUUAUUAUAAAAGCUGUCCUUUUAUAAAGGUGGUGACAUUUAAAAGUUGUUUCAAACAGGCAAAUGGAACUUUCUAACUUUAAAUAAAAACUAAACAGUAAGAUAGCAGAUCAAUAACACUGUUCAUUGCUAAUGCAUUUACAAUAGUGUCAAUGUAGAACUGGUACAAGCAAAAGCACCCAAAGGAACACAACAGACACAUUAUCCAUUGUACAAGAUGAACUAUCUCAGAUGAUUAUACUUCAUACACAUUAUUUAAACUGUGUUGUUUAUAAUUUCACAUAAGCACAAUAUAAUGAUUCAUGUUCAUGUUUCUUGUAGUUUAAAGGGGUUAAAGGAACAAACAACUAUGAUUCUUAGUACCGUCAUGAUAAAAAGUAUUUUUAGAAAUCCACCACAAACAAUGGAAAAAGGCUUCCCAAAUGGGUCUGUAAUAACACAAAGAAGAAAGGAGGGGAGCUGUUGAAUGAAAAAAAAGUGAGACAAUUUCAUUUGCUCAAAGUGUGCACAAAUGCAGGCACGUCAUGACAUGAGUGGCACAAAAAAAACCCACGGAUGUUACUCUAGACUGCAAAGCAUUUUAAGCUUGGCACUUGGCACAUAUUUAACUUUUCUGUAUCCUUUCUUCUUCAUGAAAAAUGUAUUUUUAUAAUCAUCUGUUAGCACUAAAAGAGUUCACCUGCCUUCUGUUUCAAUAUCAGACCAUCUCAGCCACCAAUGAAGCAUCACUGCCUCUCUGUGGCUGCAAAAGAGCACUGUACAAUUUAGUUCUUCAAAACUGGAAAGGUUACAGGCAACAGUAAUUGCACAAAGACCUUAGUUAAUUUUGUAAUAUCACAGGUGACUAGGCUAGAUCUUGACAUUUUCCUGCAGCUUAAAAAUCAUUUUGGGAUCCGUACUUGCCAAGACGCAAUAUUUUACUAAAUGAGAAGCUGCUUCUUCAUGAUACAAAUGUGGAAUUUUUGUGACAUUUUUUGGAUAAAAAUCAAUGUCUUGCUUGGCUUCUGUGAGGCGGAGGUGUGACCCAGAUGCCCUUGCUGACUUUAACCAGGUGUCCUGCUUGGCCUUUAACAUGACUAUCUGUGGCACGACCCCUGCUGCGCCACAGCCCUGUACCCUGCCAUUUCCUCCCAAACACUGCAAGCACGGUAUCAUUUCCCUGUCACCAAAUGACUGGCUAGCCGCUGUGGCGUGCUAAUGAGAGGAAGAGAGGGCAGAUGAAGAGAAACUACAGGAAGACUGGUUCUUCAUUUCCCCCCGUGCAAUACAAUACACAGAAUCAAUCCUCCAUCCUCCAUGUCUGUCUGCAGCCACUUUGGCUGCAAGGAGAAAUUAAGAGCAGCACAGCGGUUAUUAGCGUUGGAGAAAAAGAAAUCAGUGUGGCUCAGUGGCUGUAAUUUGUACAUCAUAAUGUCACUUGUUUGUCUUUUCCUGAGCAUAUUUCUGCUGAUAUAUCAAGUUCCUUGUUUGACAUUCGUUAAGAAUAAUGAAUGUUCAAAAUAUUUGAAGAAAGGAUGAUAAACGCAGCCGAUUAUUUCUUCAGUUACAUCUCAUUUUUUCAAUUGCACAAAGUUCUCUCAGAGCACCAUUUCUUUGUGUUGAUUAAAAAUAUAUUUUCGCUGUGUAAAGCAGCUAAAUCUCAACCUUGACUUUGUAACUCCUGCAAUAUUUCACUGUAUCUUUGAUGUACAUAUUAACAAAUACAAAGCAUGUGAAUCCUCCUGUGCA